AUGCCAUAUGAAGUUGGUACGCGUUGCUGGUAUCCUAGUAAAGAACAAGGAUGGACUGGUGCCGAAAUAAGCAAGCAUGAAGUGCAGGGGGACAAGUUUAGAUUGGAGUUGACGUUGGAGAACGGUGAAAAAGUGGAUCUUUUGGUGUCGUCUUUAGACGAGGCCAAGGAGCCAUCUUUGCCACUAUUGAGGAACCCUCCCAUUCUCGAGACAACAGAGGACUUGACAUCGCUAUCGUACUUGAACGAGCCCGCUGUGUUGCAUGCGAUCAAGGCCAGAUACGCCCAGUUGAAUAUCUACACGUAUUCAGGAAUAGUGCUAAUCGCCACUAACCCCUUUGACCGUGUUGACCAGUUAUACUCUCAGGAGAUGAUCCAGGCCUACGCUGGGAAACGUAGAGGUGAACUAGACCCACAUUUGUUUGCCAUUGCCGAAGAGGCGUACCGUUUGAUGAAAACCACUAACGAAAACCAAACGAUUAUCGUGUCCGGAGAAUCGGGUGCUGGUAAGACCGUUUCCGCCAAGUACAUCAUGAGAUAUUUCGCCAGUGUGGAGGAAAAUAACGAGGAAAACGCCCACCAUAACCCUGAAAUGUCAGAGACGGAAAAGCGUAUCUUGGCUACAAAUCCCAUCAUGGAGGCGUUUGGUAACGCCAAGACCACAAGAAAUGACAACUCUUCCAGAUUCGGUAAAUACUUGGAGAUCCUUUUUGAUGACGAAACUUCCAUUAUAGGUGCCAGGGUAAGGACGUAUCUUCUAGAGCGCUCGAGAUUGGUGUUCCAACCAAAGACAGAAAGAAACUAUCACAUCUUUUAUCAAAUUCUUUCAGGGUUGUCCGACGAAGAAAAGUCACAGCUAAAGUUAACCAAGGUCGAAGAUUACCACUACAUGAAUCAAGGUGGCGACUACCACAUCCAGGGUAUCGAUGACGCAGAAGAGUACCGUAGUACAGUAGACGCAUUGACCAUGGUGGGUAUCGAAAAAGAAACCCAAUUCCAACUUUUCAAGAUUUUAGCUGCACUUCUACAUAUUGGUAACAUCGAGAUCAAAAAGGUAAGAAAUGACGCAUCUCUAACUUCAGAUGAACCAAACCUACAAAUAGCAGCCGAACUACUGGGCAUAGACGCAUCGGAAUUCUCUAGAUGGGUAACUAAGAAACAAAUCAUUACGAGAUCGGAAAAAAUUGUUUCCAAUUUAUCUUAUCACCAGGCAAUAGUUUCUCGUGAUUCCGUUGCAAAGUUCAUAUAUUCCGCUUUGUUCGACUGGUUAGUGGAUAAUAUCAACAAGGUACUAUGUAACCCAGAAGUUGUUAACGAGAUAAACACUUUCAUCGGUGUGUUGGAUAUCUACGGGUUCGAGCAUUUCAAGAAGAACUCUUUCGAACAAUUCUGUAUCAAUUACGCAAACGAAAAAUUACAACAAGAGUUCAACCAACAUGUCUUCAAGUUGGAACAAGAGGAAUAUGUGAAAGAACAAAUCGAAUGGUCUUUUAUUGAAUUUAAUGAUAACCAACCUUGUAUCGAUUUGAUCGAAAAUAAGCUUGGUAUAUUAUCUCUCUUAGACGAAGAAUCUAGACUACCUGCUGGAACAGACGAAGGUUGGACCCACAAAUUAUACGAAACUUUAGACAAACCACCAACUAACAAGGUAUUCUCUAAGCCAAGAUUUGGCGAAACCCAAUUUGUUGUUAGCCACUAUGCCCUAGAUGUGACUUACGAUGUUGAAGGGUUUAUCGAAAAAAACAGAGACACAGUUUCGGAUGGUCACAUGGAGGUAUUGAAGUCUUCUAAAAACGAGACCCUACUAUCAAUCUUGGAGACCAUUGAUAAAAAUGCCGAAAAGCUUGCCAAACAACAGGCUGAGAAACAAGAAUCACAGAAGAAGCCUGGUCCAGUUGCAAGAAAGAUCAUUAGAAAACCUACACUUGGUUCCAUGUUCAAACAAUCCCUAAUAGAGCUUAUGGAAACUAUCAACUCUACCAAUGUUCACUAUAUUCGUUGUAUAAAACCUAAUGAGGAUAAAGAGGCUUGGAAGUUUGAUAACCUCAUGGUUCUAUCUCAAUUGAGAGCUUGUGGUGUCUUAGAAACGAUUAGAAUCUCCUGUGCUGGUUUCCCAUCAAGAUGGACUUAUACAGAGUUUGCCUUGAGAUACCAUAUCCUAAUUCCUUCCGAAUACUGGUCCAAUAUCUUACAAUCUGACCCAUCUGAAGAUGACGUGAAGAAUCUAUGUAAAGAGAUUCUGAAACGUACUAUGGAUGAUGUUUCGAAAUACCAAACAGGUAAUACCAAGAUCUUUUUCAAGGCUGGUAUGCUAGCGCAUCUAGAAAAACUAAGAUCUGAUAAACUAUACGUGUCAUCUGUUUUGAUUCAAAAGAAGAUCAAGGGUGUUCAUUACCGUAGAAGAUAUCUCGAAACCGUCAGUGCUAUUAGAUCACUACAAUCUGCUUCCAGAGGUUUGUUAAUUAGACAGAGUGUGGAUCAUGAGUUCAAGACUAAUUGCUCUUUAUUGAUCCAAAGCACAUAUAGAGGUAUUUCUGUGAGAAAGAAUGUCUCCAGUACUAUUCUAGGUAUUAUAAGAAUCCAGUCAUUGGCUAGGAGAAAAAUCACUAAGGAUGCACUCUUAGAAAGACGCAAAAAUGACGCAGCAAUUUUCAUUCAAAAGAAAUUGAGAUCUUUCCAACCAAGAAAGCAAUAUAUUCAUGAGAGAAAGAGCUCUGUUACUAUUCAGUCAUUUAUUAGGAAACACUAUGCUCAACGUAAAUUGAAGCAAUUGAAGUCAGAAGCCAAGUCCGUUAACCAUCUACAGGAAGUAAGUUACAAACUAGAAAACAAGGUAAUCGAACUAACCGAAUCCCUUGCCGCUAAGGUAAGAGAAAAUAAAGAUUUGGCUUCACGUUUAGAAGAGUUACAACAAUCUUUGAACGAAUCUGAAAAUAUCAAGAAGCUUUUGGAAACAGAGAAGGAAACUCACUCAAGGGUUCUAAAUGAUCAAAAGUCUCUACACCAAGAAGAGUUUGGUAAGGUUAACACCGAGUUAUUGGCUGCCAAGGAGGAAAUCACUUCUGCGAAGUUAGAGAUUGAAGAGUUGCAAAAGAAACAGAAAGAGCUGAAGGAUGAAGUAGCAUCUACACUUGAGCAACUAAAUGCAACAAGGUUGGAACUUUCAACUUCACAGACUGAAAACGUUGAUUUAAAGAAGGAAAUCUCUUCUUUGAAGGAAAAAAUUGCUCGUCUUCAAUCAUCUGGUCGCGCUGGUGGUAUCAAUGUCGGUGCUAAUGCUAUGAAUUCCACUCCUGUUAAGAAUAGACGUUUCUCUAGCCACAGUGCAUUAAACGAUGCAAGUUCUCCUAAACAACUUAAUGUGGUGUCCAUCAACAAUAGCUUUAACACCGAUGAUGUCUCUAAUCUGAUGUCAAAGAUCAACGAUGAGUUAUACAAAAUGUUUGAAGAUUCGAGAUCCUUGAACACCGAGAUUAUCGAAGGAUUAUUGAAGGGUGGCAAAGUUCCACCAACAGGUGUUUCUAUUGAUCUAACCAGAAAGGAAGUCUUAUACCCAGCUAGAGUUUUAAUUAUUAUAUUGAGUGAUAUGUGGAGAUUAGGAUUAACUAAGCAAAGUGAGACAUUCCUCGCUGAGGUUUUAGAAACUAUACAAAAGAUAAUAUCCAGUUUGAAACCCGAAGUUAUGAUUGAACACGGUGCAUUUUGGUUUACGAAUGUCAGAGAACUCCAUUCAUUUGUAGUCUUUGCAUAUGAAUCAAUAACCACUGAUGAGACGUACAACAGUGGUAUGAACGAAGAAGAGUAUAAUGAAUAUGUGAACCUAGUAAAAGAAUUAAAGGAUGAUUUUGAAGCUCUAAGCUUUAAUGUAUACAAUUUGUGGAUGAAGAAGCUUCGGAAAUAUCUUGAAAAGAUUGCAGUUCCAGCUGUCGUCGUUUCUCAAGCUCUUCCAGGUUUCGUUGUCCCAGAACCAUCCCAAUUCCUACAAAAAUUCUUACAGAGCAGCUCUGUCUAUAAAAUGGACGACGUUCUAACAUUCUUCAACAAUAUUUAUUGGGCUAUGAAGUCGUACGAUAUCGAAAUGGAGGUAUUUGACGAAGUAAUCACCAAUCUCUUAAGGUUAUUGGAUGCCUUAUGUUUCAACGAUCUAAUUCUCAGAAAGGGAUUUUUGUCGUGGAAGCGUGGUUUACAACUAAACUACAAUGUCACAAGGAUCGAGGAAUGGUGUAAGAGUCACCAUAUACCGGAGGCCAGUGUAUGUUUGCAACAUAUAUUACAGGCUGCCAAACUUCUGCAAUUGAAGAAACGCGUCAUUGCUGAUAUUGAUAUUAUUUGGGAUGUUUGCAACAGUUUGAAGCCUAUUCAAAUCAAACAGUUGAUAACUCAAUAUUCCGUCGCCGAUUACGAGGAACCAAUCGCACCAGAGAUUCUCCAAUAUGUUGCUGAAAAGGUCAGAAAUGAUUCAUCAAAGGCAGAUGGUGGAAACAAUGAUGUUUUCUUACCUGUAGAUGUAGGUCCAUUUGAUGACCCAUACCAAAAAAUAGAGGUUAGGGCAUUUGGUCAAAUCGAAGCUUAUAUUCCAGCUUGGUUAAAUCUCCCAAAUACCAGAAGGAUAGUAGAAUUAGUUACUCAGUAUGUUGCUGUUCAAGAACAAGCCGAAUAA